UGACCCUGUAUGGAGUAUUUACUAUCCAAUUUUCUCCAAAUAUGCCAUCACGCUGUCUACUUCUUGAACUACUGGAUGUCAGUGUUUCGGAACUGCUUUUAUAUUCUAGUCAUCAAGGGUGUUCCAUGUGGAUGAUCCAACACUGUGCCAGAGAUGUUUUAGAGGCCCUGGCUUUUCUUCACCAUGAGGGUUAUGUCCAUGCAGACCUAAAGCCACGUAACAUACUAUGGAGUGCAGAGAAUGAGUGCUUUAAACUUAUUGACUUUGGUCUUAGCUUCAAGGAAGGCAAUCAGGAUGUAAAGUAUAUCCAGACAGACGGGUAUCGGGCUCCAGAAGCAGAAAUACAGAAUUGUUUGGCCCAGGCUGGGCUGCAGAGUGAAACAGAAUGUACCUCAGCUGUUGAUUUGUGGAGCCUCGGAAUCAUCUUACUCGAAAUGUUCUCAGGAAUGAAACUGAAACAUACGAUCAGAUCUCAGGAAUGGAAGGUAAACAGUUCAGCUAUCAUCGAUCACAUAUUUGCCAGUAAAGCUGUGGUGACCUCUGCAAUCCCAGCCUAUCACCUCAGAGACCUUAUCAAAAGCAUGCUUCAUGACGACCCAGGCAGAAGAAUUCCAGCUGACAUGGCGCUAUGUAGUCCCUUCUUUAGCAUUCCUUUUGCCCCUCAUAUUGAAGAUUUGGUGAUGCUUCCUACGCCUGUGCUAAGAUUGCUUAAUGUGUUGGAUGAUGACUAUCUCGAGAAUGAGGAAGAAUAUGAAGAUGUUGUAGAAGAUGUGAAAGAAGAGUGUCAGAAGUAUGGGCCAGUGGUGUCUCUGCUUGUUCCAAAGGAGAAUCCAGGCAGAGGUCAG